AGCUGCAGUUCCUGAAGAAGCGCGAGACAUCGUGCCCAACGGUGGGCGGCAAGGACUCCGGCAAGGCGGCGCACGGGGAGGAGGAGGCGGCGGUGACGGAGGCGGCGCUGCUGCGAGCGGCGCGCGACCCCGUCGUGGUGGAGGUGCUGCGCAGGGGCCGCCCGUCGCUGGCCCCACCGAGGCCACCGGGCGGACGCGCGCGCACGGACGCCAGCACGCAGACUGAGUUGCCAGCCUCGCCCAGCGGUCCGCGCAGCCCGGCCACGCCGCCCCUGCCCAACGUGCAUCCCCUGCUGCUGGCCCAGGGCCUCUGUGAGCUGCCAUCCGAAUACUUUGACUCAAGCGACUACCUUCCCAGCAUGCAGCAGGAUGCCCACCAUGCGGAGGGUCUGGAGUAUGAGGAGGUGGAUUUGCACCGGGGCUCAAGCCGGGAGCGGCUCGGCCUCACCGUGUGCUACCGCACGGAGGACGAGGACGACGCCGGCAUCUACGUGAGCCAGGUGAAUCCCAACAGCAUCGCGGCACGGGACGGGCGCAUCAGAGAGGGCGACAGGAUCCUACAGAUCAAUGGGCUGGACGUGCACGACCGGCGGCAGGCGGUGGCGCGCCUCACCCAGGAGGAGGGCACCGACGUGUCGCUGCUGCUGGCACGGCCCGACACGCAGCUUGAGGACGGCUGGGUGGAGGAAGAGCACCGAGCUGUGAUGGAGACCCUGAGGGUGGAGAUUCUGCAGGACGAGCGGAUGGAGCCCAUCGCCUACAUCGGCUCCAGUCUCAUCCAGGCGAGGGCGCUCCCGGACGACGACGCGGGCCUCACGGACUCGGUGUCGCACGGCCACGGCAAGGACAGCGGCCUGGGCCGCACGGACGAGAGCUCAGAGCACGACGGCGGCAUCAGCGUCAGCGCUGGGGGCGCCCCCCGGGGGACGGCGUGCGGCGUGGCCGACGUGCGGCGCGAGAUCGCGCUGCUGCACGAUGAGCUGCGGCGCUUCGAGAUGCGCGUCCAGAGCCACGGCGGCACCGCCGCCGCAGCCGCCACUGCGGCCGUCAACGUGGCUGCCACCGCGGCCGCCACCGCGGCCGCCACCGUAUCUCCGCGGACGGGGAAGCCGGCGGGAGUUCGCCGCCCGGCGGCCGCGAUCCUCGCCACGGCGCUCGCGGCUCAAACGACGCCGGAGCGACGACCCGAGCUCGGCCCGCGGCAAGUGCCGGGCGAUGCCGACCGGAGAGGGCGGCUGCGGCGUCAGCGACAACCAGCGCGGACGGGCGGCGCCCCCGUCCCGCUGCACGCGCGCCACUACCGCAGCUACAUGCAGCUGGUGCAGCAGAAGUCGGCGGUGGAAUACGCACAGAGCCAGCUGAGCCUGGCCAGCCUGUGCCAGUUCGAGCGCCGCGAGGCCGGCGCCGCACGGCCCCUGCCGCAGUCCGCGUCGGCGCCGGCCUCUCCGUACGAGUGGAAGGUGAGGGCGUGCGGUGGCGGCGCGGCAGGGCGCGGAGGGCCGGGCGGCGCCGACGGGCCGGGCGCGGAGGGCUCGCGAUGCCUGACGGCGCGCAGGCCGGUGCGGGACCGGCUGCUGCGGCAGCGUGCGCUGAGGAUCCGCGAGGAGCGCAGCGGCGUCACCACGGACGACGACGUGCUCAGCGAGAUGAAGACCGGGCGCUACUGGAGCAAGGAGCAGCGCAAGCAGCAGCUGGUGCGGGCACGCGAGCAGCGGCGGCGGCGCGAGUUCAUGCUGCGCUGCCGCCUCGACUGGCUCGGGGAGAAGGUGGCUCCGGCAGCGGACACGGCAGCAGCAGCAGCAGCAGCAGCAGCCACGGCGGCGGCCACGGCGGCCGCUGCGGGCGCCGGUGACGGAGUGCCAGCGGCCGCGCCUCCCUCGGACUUUGCUGGCCGCGCGCGUGAGCUGAGCAUCCUCGAGCUGAGUCACCGCAAAAUGAUGAAGAAGCGCAACAAAAAGAUUUUGGACAACUGGAUGACCAUCCAGGAGAUGCGCCCACGGGCAGAAGUCGCCCGACGGAAACGGCAAGGUGUACAACCCCCUGCUGUCGGUCACCACCGUGUGACGGGACCCGCGGUCGCCGCGCAUCCAACCGCUGGCGCCGGGGGAGGAGCGAACUGCCACGGCGUCGAGGGACGUUCAGCGUCGAGGCCUUGGACUGUCACGGAGCGCGCCGGCCAACGUGGCUCCACCGUCACGCGCUCCACCGUCAAGCGCUCCACCGUCACGUGCUGCCCAUCCAUCAGCGGAGGGAGGAUGGACGGCCACACGGACUCGUCGGCGACGAGGUGA